AUUAUUUACCGCAAAACAAAUUGCUUAAUUAACUAAUUAAAUUAAACGAUUCUUGCAAAUUUCCAUUAGUACAUUCAGUCGUUCAUUCAACUGCAUUAGAUUAGAGCUCCAAUUUUCAAUCACCACAAAAUGAAAGUCUUUGUCCUGUUCCUAUUGAUCGCGGUGGCACAAUCGUCGGAAUUGGGGGAUAAUGAGCACAAGAAGGAUGAACCGGUGCCUUGUACGUGUGGCGUCUUCCUCAGCGGCCAGUUCAAGAAAGGCUCCAAGGACCAGCCGAAGGGUUCACCCGUUCUUACUCAGGAAAUGGACAACGCUUUCAUGAAUAAUUCCGUGGGUAACAGACAGUGCACGAAUAAAUGUCUGGAAAUGAUCAUAAAACAUCUGCCAAAAAGUGCCGAAAUAAUUUGUGCGACUGUGGACAGAGACGUGCACCGGGAAAAGGCGUAUUUGUUCGUCAAAAACCACAGCAACAAAUGGCACGGCACCAACUUAUCCGCAGGAAGGGAGUUUUGUUGCACUGACAACAUAUCUGUAAAGUGUCCUGUUAUGUAAACUUCUAAUAAAAAUUCUUAUAAAUA